AUGUCCUGCUUCGCCUCACUGCCCUCCCAGCCAACAGACGAGAUCUUUGAUCUCCUGGCCCUCUACCGAAAGGACACCAGCCCUGACCGCGUCAACCUCGGCGUCGGCGUCUACUGCACCGACGAUGGCAAAUCUUGGCCCCUCGACGUCGUUACUCGUGUAGAGAAGGAUCUCUUCGAGGAGGCUAGCUUGACUAGACACGAUUAUCUUCCCAUUGAGGGUGAUCAGGCUUUUCUCAAGGUUGCGAGGGAUCUUGUCUUUGCGCAUCAGGAUGAUUUGAGUGUUGCUUCCGUGCAGACCGUCUCCGGAACCGGAGCGAACCAUAUCGGUGCGAGAUUCGUGGCGGAUUAUCUUCGACCGCAGAAUAUUUGGGUGUCGGAUCCCACAUGGGCUAACCACCAUAUGAUUUGGGAGUCUGUUGGACUCAAGCCCAAGUUGUACCCUUACUACAAGAAGUCGGACUGUUCAUUGGACUUUGAGGGCAUGAUCAAGACGCUCGAGGAGGAGACUCAACCUCGUGAUGCUGUCUUGCUUCAUGCUUGUGCGCACAACCCUACUGGACUGGACCCUACGAAGGAGCAGUGGAAGAAGAUUGCAGAGGUCUGCCAGCGAAAGCAACUCUUCCCCUUCUUCGACGCUGCGUACCAAGGGUUCGCCUCCGGUGACCCAGCUGAGGAUGCCUGGGCGAUUCGAUACUUCUACCAACAGCAGCCCCGACCCGACAUGAUUGUCGCUCAAUCCUUCUCCAAGAACUUUGGUCUCUACGGCCACCGAACAGGAGCCAUUCAUCUCGUCCUCGCCGAGCCCUCCCAGGAAAUCAGAAACAACGCUUACUCGACACUUUCUUACCUGCUUCGAUCUGAAAUCUCUAUGGCACCCAAGUACGGAUCUACGAUUGUCAAGACUGUUUUAGAAAGUGAGGAGUUGACUGCUGCUUGGAUGGCUGAUUUGAACGUCAUGAGUGGUCGAAUUAAGACCAUGCGACAGGCUUUGUACGAUGAGUUGAUUCGCUUGGAGACACCAGGUACAUGGAACCAUAUUGUUGAUCAGAUUGGCAUGUUCUCGUACACCGGCCUGACUCCCUUCGAAGUCAAGACUCUACGGGAGCGCUUCCACAUCUACCUCCUCAAGUCCGGACGUAUUUCUAUCUCCGGAUUGAACAAGAGAAACGUCAACUACGUUGCCAAGGCCAUCCACGAUGUCCGAUCGAAUGGUACAAAUGGCACCAAUGGUACAAACGGGGUGAACGGACACUAA